AAAUGCUUAAACGUGGCUCGCGCGUGCAGCUCGGGCAGUUGACAGACAACAGUCGGUCGCCGCGGUGACGGUUCGUCCUUCGUCCUUCGUCCUUCGUCCAUGAACGUGAAGAAGUUCGCGGACACUCUUGUUCUCUGGACCUUUGUGCUCCUCUGGGCUUCCGUCCCCCGGACCCGCGCAUCAGGUCAGCCUCGGGUGAUCGGUUCACCUUGGCCAACCACCGCCACGCCGGGCGAUGACGUCAUCCUGCCGUGCCACCUGGAGCCGCGGACCGACGCGCGGGCGCUCACGGUGGAGUGGUCGAGGCCCGACCUGUCGGACCAGCUGCGGCGGGGCGAAUACGUGUUCCUGCGCCGCGGCGGGAGGGAGCUCACGGACAUGAAGAUGGCGGCGUACGCCGGAAGGGCGUCGCUGCUGGCGGGCGACCUUAAGCACGGGAACCUUUCGCUGCGGAUCGGGAACGUGACGCACGCAGACGGAGGGCGGUACAAGUGUUUCGUCCCCAAGUUAUGGAGCCACGCGAUCGUCCUGCUGGUUGUUGAUCCAAACUUCGUCAGAGACUGGACGACGGCGUCGCCGCUGCAUCCAAGCAACUUCCUGACACCAAAACCAGAAGACGAGAGGGACGCGAAUGACCGUUGGACCCGUCACAUGUGGAUCCUGCCCGUCGUCGUCAUCGCCGUCACGCUAUUGGCCACUGGACUCGCUCUUUCUCUGACGCGAAAGCAUCUCCAGCCAGAUCAUGUGAAGAACGACGACGCCCAAAGCAAACCACUUGCAGCCUAGGUGCCUUGCUCGAGGGAACGUUGCGAUGAGGGGUGGCGGCGCACAUUCACCUCCUCGUCACGAUGCAUCUGUAUUCGUCCGCUGGAGGAAUCGAAUUUCAAAUUUUAUUUGAAAUGUUUAUUUUUUCAGUAUUUUAUUUAUAUAUAUUUUCCCAUUGGGGAAAAGAAGCAAAUAUCUGACUUUUUGCAAGCAGUCACAGUGUUUAUGUUUGGAUUUCAUGAUGUUAUUUGUUGCCAUGAGAACGAGGAGGAAAGAGGUCGUCAAGAAGUUAAAUUCAAAGAUACAAAGGAUGUUGUUUUUUUUUUGUGCUUGAGGAACUUUGAGUCUGACGUGACUCCUCCUGACCUUGUUUAGUGUUGAGCAGGGUUUGGUGAUUCUUUCUGCUGCUAUGACAACCUUUUGUUCUUCUUUUAAAAAAAGAAACAAUGUUUUUGAAGUUUAAAAAAAAUGUUCUUAAAGCUGACCGAGAAUGUUCCUGCUGAGCAGGACACAGAUAGUUAUAAUAUUUCUCAUUUUACUUGUUGUCAUUUUGAAACUUCAGUUCCUGUUCACCAAACUACCUCUAGUAUUGUAACAUCUAAUAAAACAUGUCAAUAUA